AUGUCGUCCAAACAGCCCCAAUCGGCGCUGUUCCAGGUCUACCUUCGCCUGCGACCUCCUUAUGCGCAACACGAUGAAAACGAACGAUUCCUCACGGUCGAGCCGCCAGAGUCAUCUCAAGAUGACGGCGAGAUUGUCGCACCGAUCCCAACACACAUCACAGUUCAACCUCCCAGCGAAUCUCGGAAACGCGCUAUCGAGAGAUUUGGUUUCACAAAGGUCUUCGAGGAGAACGCGUCGCAGUUAGAUGUCUUCCACGACACUGGGAUGGAGUCUUUGGUGAGGGGAGUCUUGAAAGAAAACCGGGAUGGAUUGGUCGCUACUCUGGGAGUUACAGGCAGUGGAAAGAGCCACACCAUCCUAGGAUCCAAGUCCCAGCGGGGUCUUACCCAAAUGGCCCUGGAUGUCAUCUUCCGAUCGCUGGAGCCCACUGUGAAGACCGAGGACGGUAGCAUCAGUCCCAUGAUGCUUGCCUCUCUGGCUGCGUCAGAUGCCUCCGAGGCUCAAUUAUUCUCUGCUCAGACAUUCCUGGAAGCUGUCUACGGCGAUCCCAACGGAGGCCGCAACUCAAGGGCCCAAACUCCCAUGAGCCCUGGCCGUGCAAACACCCCACUCACGGUACGAAGCCCCCAAUCCCUGAACAGCCCCCAAGAAUCACUGCGUAAGCGAUCACCUGAUUCUGGAACCGGCCUCCCUGGACUUCAAAGAUACACUGGGAGUUCUCAAAAGGCAGCUCAAACAUCCAGCCACAAUCGCAAGGUUCGAUCCGCCUCUGGCCAACAAUCGACUGAGCAACUUGGAGAGAUGUCGCCAGGACCCUUUAAUCCUAUCCCCUUCAUUCGUUUCAAUCCGCUUGAGAGUCGUUUAGCUAAAUUACGACUUUAUGUCUUUCAGGAACCGACACCUGCAUUAAUAUUUCCCCGCCGCCAGCAGCGUGAACGUCCUAUUGCCGCUCCUCGAAUGCCCGAUGUGAGUCAUCUGACAGUGGAUUUGAAUGACAAAUCCGACUAUGUGGUUUUGGUAUCCAUGUAUGAGGUCUACAACGAUCGAAUUUUUGACCUUUUGACCCCUUCAAUUGUUCCUGGCCAAGGAAGUGCCAUGUCCCGCGGAAAUAACCAGCAAAAAGAUCGACGUCGUCCUUUAUUGUUUAAACCUACCGAGGGAUCACCCGACCGCAAAGUUGUUGCGGGACUCAGGAAGAUUGCUUGCAGCUCAUACGAGGAAGCUUUGGCUAUUCUUGAAGUUGGCCUGACCGAGCGAAAGGUCACCGGUACGGGCGCCAAUAGUGUCAGCUCUCGCAGCCAUGGUUUCUUCUGUCUCGAGGUCAAGAAAUUGACACAUAGCAAACGAUACGGGGAAGCCAGCUGGGUUGGAAAUACACUCACAGUUGUUGACUUAGCUGGCUCUGAGCGAGCGAGGACCGCGAAAACUGCAGGCGCCACCCUCGCGGAGGCUGGUAAGAUUAACGAAAGUCUGAUGUACUUGGGGCAAUGUCUUCAAAUGCAAAGCAACUUGCAAGAUGGAUUCAAGACUGCACUUGUCCCUUUCCGCCAGUGUAAAUUGACGGAGCUUCUGUUUUCCAACUCUUUCCCUUCAUCCAAUCAAAUGUCCCGGGGCCUUCAUCCGCAGAAGGCUAUCAUGGUCGUGACAGCCGAUCCUCUGGGUGACUUCAAUGCCACCUCCCAAAUCCUGCGUUAUUCCGCGUUAGCCCGCGAAGUGACGGUUCCUCGUAUCCCAUCAGUCACCGAGUCUAUCCUGUCGGCUGUCUCCGGCAAGGAAAGGUCCGCUAGUGGACGUAUUUCGCCCAACUUUGCCCAGGCUGAAGAGUUGGAGCGCGCUGCUUUGGAGAUUACAAGACUGACCAAGGAUUGCCACGGUCUAGCUGUGAGACUUGCCGAGGAAGAAAUUCUGCGGUCCGAGGUGGAGAUCAGGCUUGCAGCCGCUGAGGACCGAUGCGUGAUGAUUGAACAAGAAGUCCGCGAAGAGUGCUGGGCCGAAAUGGAUGAGAUGAUGGAAGAUGAGCGAAAACGAUGGCAAAAGGCCUGGGAUGAGCAGGCUGGUCGUAAUGACGAGCAUAUUGAUAAGAAGAUUGAGCUGGUGUCUCGAGGAUUCAAUAUCUUCGAAGACCCCGAACCAACGUCUGACCAAAGAGUGGAAGAGCUCGAGAUCGAGAACGAGCAGCUACGUCGUCGCCUUGCAACCCUGGAACGCGAGCUGCGCUCUCACUCACCCACCCGCAAGCCUCGAUCGCAGAAUCCUGCACCAUCCAACCUCCUGGGCCGAGAAAGUGACAUCGAGAAUGCCUUACAACGAAUGAACCAGUUGAAUCUCACGGACAGCAUGUUCACACCAGCUUCACCAUCUUCCUCGCCUAGCAAGAAGCCGAAGAAACUUCCGACGAGGAAAUUUGAUCUAGCUCCUGAGAGCGAGAUUUAA